AUGGAUUUCUUAAACUCAUCUGAUCAGAACUUGACCUCAGAAGAACUGCUAAACAGGAUGCCAUCCAAAAUCCUCGUGUCUUUCACUCUCUCCGCACUGGCCCUGAUGACAAUAACUAUCAACUCCCUUGUGAUUGCUGCAAUUAUUGUGACCCGGAAGCUACACCAUCCAGCAAACUACUUAAUAUGUUCCCUUGCAGUCACAGAUUUUCUCGUGGCUGUCCUGGUGAUGCCUUUCAGCAUUGUGUAUAUUGUGAGAGAGAGCUGGAUCAUGGGGCAAGUGGUCUGUGACAUUUGGCUGAGCGUUGACAUUACAUGCUGCACGUGUUCCAUCCUGCAUCUUUCUGCUAUAGCUUUGGAUCGAUAUCGGGCAAUCACAGAUGCUGUUGAGUAUGCCAGGAAAAGGACUCCCAAACAUGCUGGCAUUAUGAUUACAAUAGUUUGGAUUAUAUCAAUUUUUAUCUCUAUGCCUCCUCUCUUCUGGAGGCAUCAAAGGACUAACAGAGACGAUGAGUGUGUCAUCAAACAUGACCACAUUGUUUCCACAAUUUACUCAACAUUUGGAGCUUUCUACAUCCCAUUAACAUUAAUUUUGAUACUCUACUACAAAAUAUACAAAGCAGCAAAGACAUUAUACCACAAGAGACAAGCAAGUCGGAUUGUCAAGGAAGAAUUGAAUGGCCAAGUACUUUUGGACAGUAGUGAGAAAAGCACUAGACUGGCCUCUACAUCCUACAUGUUAGAAAAGUCUUUAUCAGAUCCAUCAACUGACUAUGAUAAAAUUCAAAGCACAGUGAAAAGUCCCAGGUCUCAACUGAAGCAUGAGAAAUCUUGGAGACGGCAAAAGAUCUCAGGCACAAGAGAACGCAAAGCAGCCACUACCCUGGGAUUAAUCUUGAGUGCGUUUGUAAUAUGUUGGCUUCCAUUUUUUGUAAAAGAAUUGGUUGUUAACAUCUGUGCAAAGUGCAAAAUUUCUGAAGAAAUGUCCAAUUUUUUGACAUGGCUUGGCUAUCUCAAUUCCCUUAUAAAUCCACUGAUUUAUACAAUCUUCAAUGAAGACUUUAAGAAAGCAUUCCAAAAACUUGUGCGAUGUCGAUGUUAAUUUAAAAGCAAGUUUGUGAUUGACACAUUGGGGG